GGAUCGGGGGUGUUUUCGGUUUGCGUUCACGGAGAAGAGUAAGUGAGAAACAGGCGACAAUGAAGACUCCCAGCAGGAUCGCUACUCGUUGGAGCCGCAUCCUGCCAUUAGGUGAGAUGGUGACAGUCGUUGUGGCGGUUGUUGUUUUUUAGGUGGAUUGUUGGUACAUGGGCAGAGGGGAACUGGCAAGAAGAGAAGAUAAACAGAUGAGAGGCAUGAAUAGAAGAAAAGAAGGCCUCUGUCUGUGGAAGAGAAUUAAGGAAACUAAACCCCGUUCAGAAGGUAGAAUGGAGAAGGGAGAAAGAGAGACACGAAGGGAAAUGGGGCCAAGAGCAUUCCAUCCCAAUCAAGGAAGUCUCCAGGUGACCUCACCCGUCCAAGAAGGAUUACGCUGCCAGUUGUUCUACACUGUCCGAUUCGGCUCUUGUUCUACUUUAUUUGUAGUACCCGCAGCUUUAUUCUUACAUGCGACAACGAGUAAAAUGUCUUUUCCGUCAGCCUUAUGAGCUAUCCGAAUCCGUCGCUAACUGGUUCCCCAUACGAAUAACAACUAAAAGAAC